UGGGGGAGGGAGGGUGUAAAGGUCAAUGAAGCUGAGGAAUGAGAGUGAGCUGUAACCGUCUGGACUUUACUCUCUCAUGUAAUCUGUAACCAGACAAACUUCGCCCAAAACCCAGUCGAAUCCAAAACAAAAAAGACACCACAUUGAACCAGAAAGGAAAGCAUGGUCCAGAGGGUGGCAAUCAUUGGAGCUGGGGCCAGUGGACUGGCCUCCAUCAAGUGCUGUCUGGAUGAGGGGCUGGAGCCCACCUGCUUUGAGCAAAGUGAUGACAUCGGGGGCCUCUGGAGGUUCACAGAAGCUGGGAGGAUCAGUGUCUACAGAUCGGUGAUAACCAACACCUCCAAGGAGAUGAUGUGUUUCAGCGAUUUCCCCUUCCCAGAGGAUUUCCCCAACUACAUGAACCACUCCAGACUCCUGGAGUAUUUCAGAAUGUACGCCGAGCGCUUCAGCCUUCUUAGAUACAUACGCUUCAAGACCACAGUUCACAGUGUAAGGAAACGCCCAGAUUUCUCCACCACUGGCCAGUGGGAUGUUUUCACUGAGACUGAUGGGACGGUUGAGUCGGCCGUUUUUGACGCUGUUAUGGUUUGCAGUGGCCAUUAUGCAGAGCCCCAUUUACCACUGGAUUCUUUCCCUGGUAUAGAAAAUCGCUUUAGAGGCCAGUACCUCCACAGCUGGGAAUACAAAGACUCUGCCAGGUUCCAAGGGAAGAGAGUCCUUGUGCUCGGUGUUGGGAAUUCUGGAGGAGAUAUCGCCGUGGAGAUCAGUCGGGUGGCUGCUCAGGUGUUUCUCAGCACCAGAAGUGGCACGUGGGUGAUUAGUCGUAUUUCAGACCAUGGCUUCCCUCUUGACAUGAUGCUCACCACUCGCUUUCACAACUGUCUUGAAAACUUCCUCCCAUCAGCCCUCAUGAGACGGCUAAGACUGAAGAAGUUCAAUACAUGGUUUGACCAUGCAAAUUAUGGCUUGAUUCCUCAGAAAAGUCCAAACCUAAGCUUAAUUGUGAAUGAUGAGCUGCCAAGCUGCAUUCUCUGCGGUGCUGUUGUGGUAAAACCAAAUGUGGAGGAGUUUAUGGAAAGCUCAGCUGUCUUUGAAGAUGGGACCGUAGAGGAGAACAUCGACAUGGUGGUCUUUGCUACCGGAUACAGUUUCUCUUUUCCCUUCCUUGAAGAGUCUGUUCGCAACAUCUGCAGAAGCAACUACGCCCUUUACAAAUACAUCUUCCCACCGCCUCUGGAGAAGCCGACGCUGGCUGUCCUAGGCCUUAUAGAGCUAACAGGCUCCAUCAUGGCAGGAACAGAACUCCAGGCUCGUUGGGCCACAAGGGUCUUUAAAGGGUUGAAUCAGCUCCCUCCUGCCAGCAGGCUGAUGGCUGAAGUUGCCAAGAAGCAGCAGCAUCUAAUUAAACAGGGUAUUUCCAACAAGGAGAGCAAAAUCAAGACGAGUUACAUUGGCUACAUGGAUGAAAUUGCAUCAUGUGUUGGUGUAAAACCCAAAGUGCUGCUGCUGUUCCUGAAGGAUCCCAAGCUGGCCCUGGAAGUUUUCUUUGGCCCAUGCACCCCUUGCCAGUAUCGCCUGGCUGGACCAGGAAAAUGGGUAGGAGCCAGAAACACCAUCCUGACCCAGUGGUACCGGGCUCUGAAGCCCCUGAGAACUCGAGUCAUCAAUGAUUCUUCCAAUCACUCUUUGGUUUUCCACUGGCUUACAAUUCUUGGCCUUCCUGCACUCCUUUGUGCUGGUUUACUUAUUUGUAAAUAUUCCCCUCAGCUGUGGUUCCCCAGGGUAAGAUUAGGUGCUAUUCCCAUAUGUAAAAUGGGCUUUGUGAAAGGAGGGCUCUGAGUAGCUGGUGAAGGUUCUAAGAUGUGCUGCUAGAAGACAAUAACUUCAAUGUCUGGAACCAUUCAUAAAUUCCAAAAAAAUUCAGACUCUUCCAGCCCAGCUCAUCCCAAUCAGAUUGACACCGGAAACCACCCCUGGCCUUGGCACUUUGAGAAUACACACACUCACUCUCCAGCUAAUAUGAAGUUGGUCCUGAGGUCAACUGCUGGCUGAGGAAGCCCUGACAAUGCAGAGCCAGAGAGAGCAACAGAGACUAUAGGGAUUACCAACUCAAUCAAUGCCUCAGAUUAUUACAAUUGAGAUGUCAGAUGUUUCAUUUGUCUUUCACCAUUGACCCUGCUUGUUUACUGAUUACAUACUGUUUGUCUUGGAUUAUGAAAAUAGACUAGUCAGCUUCUCUUUUAUACAGAGAGAAGUUGUAUAGAUAAGUUUCUAAUCACCUUCAUUUUCUGAUUCUUUCCCAUUGUGUGUUUGCUACCAGGUGUAGUGCUUACCUUAGCCAAUGAGCCACACUCCCUGGUGCUCUGUACCUUAUGUAGUUAUUUCCAACAAAUAAUUAUCUUGUCUUAGCCAAUGAGCCACACUCUCUGGUGCUCUGUACCUUAUGUAGUUAUUUCCAACAAAUAAUUAUCUUGUCUAAUACCCCACUCAACGUCAACCUGGGUUUGAUUUACCGCAAAGGCAAUGGAGCCUUCUGAAUUGGUUUUGUACUGGACAUGGAAUUUGUGCUGCAGCAGAAUUUUGGUGGCAUUUAUAGACAGUCCAUUAUGUCAAUAUGGGCAGCCACAAACCAUGAUACAUAUUGUUGAGGACUACCAAAUGACUCAACUUCCUGGAGGUCUUUGUGCCUUGAACAUCGUCAAUAAGAACACUGUGGCUUGGUUUGAUCAGAUUCCAUACACAAAAUAAAUAAAUAAAAUAAAUUUCCAACAAUACAAACAGGAUGCAAAUCUUUAGCAUUCUGAUUUUAGUAGCAUUUUACACUCAUUUGGACAGAGGCAGGACUAAGAAUUAUCUAGACCAUCCCUGACAAAUGUUUGUCUAAUCUGUUCUUAAAAAUCUCCAGUGGUGGAAAUUCCAUUACCUCCUUAGGUAAUUUAUUUCAGUGCUUAACCACCCUGACAGUUAAGAAGUUUUUCCUAAUGUCCAACCUAAACCUUCCUUGCUGCAUUUUAAUCCCAUUACUUCUUGUCCUGACUUCAGUGGUUAAGGAAAACAAUUUAUCAACCUCCUCUUUAUGACAACCUUUUACAUACUUGAAGACUAAUAUGUCCCUCCUCAGUCUUCUCUUCUCCAGACUAAACAAGCUCAUUUAUUUCAAUCUUUCCUCAUAGGUCAUGUUUCCUAAACCUUUAAUCAUUUUUGUUCCUCUCCUCUGGACUUUCUCCAGUUUGUCCAUGUAGUGAUUCUAUGGCUGUCCCUCCCCAUCAGGCUCCAAGGGAGGCUACUCUGUCUCACUAUGUCAGUAAGGGUGUCAAUUAGCAGGCUAGGGCUCUGAACCUCUGGGCGGGCAAAGCAACAAGCAGUCUUUAGCCCAAGGCCUCCUGGCUUGGGCAGACAGCAAUUGACAGUCUAAGAACUCUGAUCCUUUAGCUACAAUCUUCAUGCUGGAGCAGGCAGCAAACACCGUCUGGGGCUCUGGGUGGGCAGAGCAAUAGGCAGUCUUUAGCCUAUGUGAGUAGGCCUGCUGACCUCAGUUGACUAAGCCACCAUCCCCCCUAGGGGACCUGGGCCCACCCUACUCCACUAGGUCCCAGCCCAAGCCUCUAACAAUGGUGGGUGGUCCCAACACUAUGUCAACAGGGUAGUUACUGAAAAACACUGACUCAUUUUCUGGCCACACAACCAGACUAAUGUCUGGCUUCCCUGGGCUACUUCCUACCCCUGCCUGUAGGACUCCGUUGCUCAUGGAUCCCCAAUUUCCAUGGGGUAAUUGUCUGGCAGAAGUCCUGGCAGCUCCUCAGAGUACUCACUUGGUGGCAGUCUCGGCAGCUCCCUUCCUUCGGGGUUCUCCUCUGGGUCAGAGAUUGGCAUAGCUCAGUCCUUGGUCCAGGGGCUGGCCACAAGGCAGAGGCAUCUGAUUCCUUCCCUGGCUCUGGCCCACUUGAGCUAGAGACCUCACCUCAUUUACUUCCUGUUCCUCCCCUCUGCUUCUGGCACAGAGGCAGGACUUGCCUAGCUCUGCCCAACAGGGGGUGGAGAGUGGUUCCUCUCCGUUAGGCUCAGAAGGAGGCCACUCUGCUUCACUACAAUCCACGUUUCCUGAAGUGUGGUGCCCAGAACAGGACACAAUACUAUAGUUGAGGCCUUAUCUGUGCUGAGUAGAGUGGAAGAAUUUCUUCUCAUGUCUUGCUUAUAACACUCCUGCUAAUAAAGCCCAGAAUGAUGUUUGCUUUUUUUUGUAACAGUAUUACAUUGUUGACUCAUGUUUAGUUUGUGAUCCACUAUAACGGCCAGAUCCUUUUCUGCAGUAUUCCUUUCUAGGCAGACAUUUCCUAUUGUGUAUUUGUGCAAAUGAUUAUUCCUUUCAAGUGGAGUACUUUGCAUUUGUCCUUACUGCAUUUCAUCCUAUUUAAUUCAGACCAUUUCAUCAGAAUCAUUUUGAAUUCUAAUUCUAUCCUCCAAAGCACUUGCAACCCCUCCUAGUUUGGCAUUGUCCACGAACUUAAUCAGUGUACUCCUCUGUGCCAUUAUCUAAAUCAUUUAUAAAGAUAUUGACUAGAACCAGACCCAGGACAGAAAUCAGCGGGACCCAACACAAUAUGCCCUUCCAGCUUGAUUGUGAAUCCUUGAUACUCUCUGAGUAUGGUUUUCCGGCCAGUUCUAUACCAACCUUAUAGUAGGUUUGUCUAGGCUGUAUUUCUCUAGUUUGCUUAUGAGAAGGUCGUGGAAGGCAGUAUCAAAAGCUUUCUAGAAGCAAGAUAUGACAUCUACUGCUUCCCUCCAUCCACAAGGCUUGUUACCUUGUCAAAGAAGGAUAUUAGGUCAGUUUGACGUGAUCUGUUCUUAACAAAUCCAUGUUGACUGUUAUUUAUCAUCUUAUUUUCUUCUAGGUACUUACAAAUUGAUUGUUUAUUUGCUUCAUUAUUUCUGUGGGUAAGAAGUUAAGAUGACUGAUCUAUAAUUCCCUGGGUUGUCCUUAUUCCCUAUUUUAUACAUUAGGAGAUGGGAUUGGUUCCCAGGGGCUUUUGGAAAGGAUUGGUGGACCAUUAACCAAUGACUGUUGUUAUUGGGUGUGGCUGUGCAUUUUCAUUGCAGUCACCUGGUGUUAGCAAAACAUAACAUAAACUAACUCCAGGCCUGCCCUCUCCCUCAGGUUUGGUGACUGCUUUGUGGUAUGGCAGGUCUGAAGGGUGUGAAUGUGAAGCAUGUUAAGGAGGAAACUUGCAGUUCACACCCUGUUAAAUCUCCACUGAAGACAAUGUCUAUGAGAAGUAGUAAACAUCGUACCUGGCAGUAAAUAUCUGUGUAACCCCCUGGUCAGUGUGUGGAAUGGAUCCCGAUCCACAGAGGCUAUAUAUCUGUUACAGCUCUCAGUUAAAGAACCUGGCUCUUUAGCUCAAGGCCCAAGCUGUAGACACUUAUGCUUUCAGCUCUGGAGAUCCCUAGUGUCAGUCAAGAUGGUGGCCCUCAAAUCUGCAUGAUUGGGCCCUAGCAGAAUGGAUACAGCUGUUACAAAACAAAACAAACAAACAAACAAGGUAAUACUUUAGUCCCUGAUCUCUUUAAAGAGACCUGCUUUCCUGUGGCAGUUUCCUUCAAUGACAUAAAAGAAACAGCAGAGAUUCAUAGUUUGUAAGGCCAGAAGGGUCUUCUGUGAUCAUCUAGUUUGACCUCUUGCAUAACACUGCCAUAAAACGUCACUGCACUAAUUCUUGUUUGAACUAGAGCAUAUCUUCUAAACAUCUAAUCUCGAUUUUAAAAUCACCGGUGAUGGAGAGAAUCCACCUCAGCCCUUGGUAAAUUGAUACAAUCAAUUGAUACAAUGAGGGUUAAUCACCCUCAUUGUUAAAAAUGUGUGCCUUAUUUCCAAUCUGAAUUUGUCUAGUUUUAACUUCCAGCCAUUAGAUCUUGACUUCUGGCCAUUGGAUCUUGACAUCAUAAUGCCACCUCCAACAAAGCCCUUGAGGAGAGCUAGUUAGGCUCAAGCUUUCAAUGGACACUUAAAAGGUUUUGCCCUCCUCCCUGCCAUGCAGACUGACUUUGAAUUCUGAAAUGGUUUCCUAGAACUGUUGAGUCCAUUUCUGGACAUGUGGGUAUUUAUAGUGUGGGUGGAGCCACCAUCCUCAGUAGCAGAUACAGUAUGAGAAUUCCAAAUCACCCAGCUCCCUCUCCCAUCUACGUGAGUAAAAAUAAGCAAAACAAAUAAAAGCAAGGUAUGUGUUUUUUAAAGUGUAUUUUUUGUCUGGUGGGAAAUACACAUGUGAGCAUGUAUGGGACCCCAGGUUUUUUGAUGCAUUUUUACUGGCAAAUUAUUUAGAAUUCCUCAACAUAUUAUUUUCUUGCUUUUAGAUUGUAAGUUCUUUGAGCAGGGCCUGUCUCUUCCUCUCUUUAGAAAGGACCUCACACACAUUGGUGCUGCCUCAGUCUAAAUAAUGAAAAUAUUGCUCUUAUUUGUAUUCAUUAUUUUAUGGCACCAAAAUGUGAUUUAGGUGCUUCUCAGAAGACAUGGUAAGUCAUGGUCCCUGCCCUAAAGAGCUUACAAUCAAAGACCCUAAUCCUUCAAAGAAAACCAUGCGGAGAGACUCCUGCACCCAUGUGACCCUAAAAGUUCCCCAAUGACAGUUGGCAGACUGUUGUCAUGAUAUUUACCCAAAAGGUGGCAUGUAAUAUAUCAUUGGAAAACUAACAACUCAGCAAUCAUUAAUAUGUUUGCAUGAUGUAUGUAUGGUAAACCCCCAAAAGACUUUAUAGACAUAUACUGGAAAUAUGUGACUAAAAUAUGUUUAAAUCAGGUAGGUCAGGGGAAUUGAUAAACAGGUUCUCUCCAAAGGAAAGAGGCCAACACCUCAAACCAGGUGUGGCCAAAUUCAGUGGGCUAUUCAUUUGUAUUGGAGGUUGUGGGAAGAGAUCAUUGGCAUUGUAAAAAUCACCAUCAGGGAGAAGAGACAGCAUGAAGUCUUCACCAGACAGCAUGGCAUCCACACCCAGCAGGGAAAGGAACUUUAUCUGGAGAUAUGUUUCAGAAGAAUACAUUUCCAAUGUUUACUGGCCUAUGAAAAGAGGGGGAGCAAGCCCCUAAGUUAUCCUGAGGAGUCAAAGAAGCCCAGCGCUUUGAGCUCCAUGUGUUGGGUCCUGGACAGAGGGUCUGGUCAGCCAUGGUGGAAAAGAGACUUGGUGAGAAACACUUCUUUGAACAAGACACCCUAUUUUGUUAAAGCAGGUUUUAGUCUUGGAUGCAUAUCUUACUUCUAUUUCCUCGUAACCCUUUCUGUCUUUAUUCCUUGUACUUGGAAUAUAAACCUAUGGCUUUUUGUUUAAUGACCUUGUUUUAAUUUUACUAUAAACCAGCUCAGUGCUGUGAUUGAAUCAGAGUGUUUGUCAAACCCCAGUUAAAUUAAUGAGCUGCAGUGUAUUGUCUCUUUAAAGGAACAACAAACUUCAUAACUUCUGUAAGUGGUCAGUGAGAGAGGUGGACAGUGCAGGGAGGCAAUUUUGGAGAAAUUUGGGACUGGGAAGGUGGUGGGAACACUCUGCAACAAGUAACUGGGUGGUGAAAUCCAAGGUAUGCUUCUUUCCCCUGGUCUGGUAGAUGGCCAUCUUGGUUAGCAUCAGGAGGAGGUUGAUGAGGAGGGCUCAUGACUUUGUGGGGCCACAGAUCUCCAUGUGGUCUAAUGGAUAGAACAGUAGCCUGGUAGUCAGGAGAUCUAGGAUGAAAUCUUGCCUGUAUUGAAAUCAAUGGGGAUUUUGCCAUUCAAUGGAGCCUGGAUUUCACUCCGGGUUCUAUGCUUGGCUUUGUCACGGAUCGCUGUAUGACCUUAGGCAAGUCACUUCACCUGUUUGUGCUUCUGUUUCCCUUCCCACCCUUUGUCUGUCUUGUCUGUGUAGAUCGCAAGCUGUUUAGGGCAGGGACUAUCUCUCACUAUGUGUUUUUGCAGUGCUAGAACAAUGGGGCCUGAAUCUCUAACUGAGACCUCCAAGCACUACCAUAAUUCAAAUAAUAAUUAGUAAGAAAAAUGCUGCAGGGUUGAUGUAAGCUGCCUUAUGUCAACAAAACCGUGUAUUGUAAACAUGGCCUUUGAAAGACCAGGAAGUGGUCAUGGUGAAUAGCCCUGGGGCAGCCAGAUGUAGCUCUGCAGACCCAAACAAUAAUGUGGGGAGGGAUAGCUCAGUGGUUUGAGCAUUGGCCUGCUAAAACCAGGGUUGUGAGCUCAAUCCUUGAGGAGGCCAUUUAAGGAUCUGGGGCAAAAAUCUGCCUGGGGAUUGGUCCUGUUUUGAGCAGGGGGUUGGACUAGAUGGCCUCUUGAGGUCCCUUCCAGUCCUGAUAUUCUAUGUUUCCUUUUGUGUAAAUGACUCCUUUUGUUAUCUCAGAAUAAUGAGUCUUUAUUUUUGAUGUCAAGAAUUUUCAACGAUCAAAGUAAGGACACCACAUUUGUGUGGGAUGGUGGUAAUUUUGGGAGUGAAACGAGUAAUGUGCCUUGAAAUAAGCUUUGCAGAAGCAGGGCCUAAAUCUGUUUUGGUACUGCCAUGGAUCCACAGGAUUGGUUCUACUCUCCAGCCUUUAAACAGGCUGGAGGAAUGCCUUCAGUAUGCUAUGCCCAUUAGGGUUCCAUUCUUCUUCAGGGUAGGCCACAUGGCCUCAACACCUCCAAGACUCUCCUGGAAUUGACACCUCCUCAUCUAUUAUUGGGAGUGGACUACAUCCACCCUGAUUGAAUUGACCCUGUCAACACUGGUUCUCCACUUGCGAAGUAACUCCCUGCUCUUCAUGUGUCAGUAUACAAUGCCUGCAUCUGUAACUUUCACUCUAUGCAUCUGAAGAAGUGAGGUUUUUACCCACGAAAGCUUAUGCCCAAAUAAAUCUGUUAGUCUUUAAGGUGC